UACGGCGGGAUAGUGGUGCAUUUUGUUGUGUUUGAUAUAUUACGCCAGCUUACUGCCGGGAUCGUCCGACUUAGAGCGCAGAUCGGCGCAUCAGCCCCAGCCCAGGUAGCGCGGCGAGUAAUUCCGCGCCAAAUCGCGGCGGAUUGACGCCGAGCCAGCGGGCUUUCGCGGCGGGCGCGCGCUAAUCGGGUCACGCCAGGUCAAGGUUGCCAUGGAGGGCUUGGCGGCGAUGAACGAGAUGUGCCUGCAGGAGCUGGUGCACGUGCAGGAGGCGAUGCCGGCGAUGCCGCCGACGCACCAGGCGCUGCAGCCGUCGGUGAAGUCGGCCGCACUGGACGGCACCACCGAGAUCACCAGCCUGGGCCCGGAGUCGUCCGGCAGCGGCGCCGGGCCGCGGCGGACACCCAGCACAGGCGGCGAGCAGCCCCGCGAGCAGCCGUCGCAGUCGGCCGACACCACAGAGGAGGGCAAGGACGGCAAGAAGAAGCGCCAGCGCCGGCAGCGCACCCACUUCACAUCCCAGCAGCUGCAGGAGCUCGAGUCGACAUUCGCGCGCAAUCGGUACCCCGACAUGAGUAUGCGCGAGGAGAUAUCGCUCUACACAAAUUUGUCCGAGGCUAAGAUCAGGAUCUGGUUCAAGAACCGGCGCGCCAAGUGGCGGAAGCGCGAGCGCAACGCCAUGGUGAUGAUGAACGGCGCCGACAUCAAGAGCGGCUUCGGCGGCCAGCUGCAGGGCUUCAUGCAGCCGUUCGGCCAGGAGGCGCUCUACUCGGGCUACCCCGGCUACAACAACUGGGCGGCCAAGGUGCCCUCUCCACUCGGACACAAGGCCUUCUGGCCCGGCUUUGACACGGGCGUUAACCCGCUGGGCGUGCCGAACCAGUCCCCGGGCGCCAGCAUCGGCAUGAACUGCUUCAGCUCGCCGGCCGCCGUCAGCACGUCGCCGAUUGGCUCGCCGUCGAUGACGUCAUCGCUGGCCUCUGCCGCCUGCCCGUACGGGGGCGCCAGCCCGUACGCGGUGUACCGGCCCGAUCAGUGCCCCAGCAUGUCGUCCAGCAUAGCCAGCCUGCGACUGCGCGCCAAACAGCACACGGGCGGCUUCACCGUGCCGGGCAUGGCGUACUCGCCGGCCGCUGUCAGCGUCCGCUCCCAGAGCGCUAACAUGUCCGCCUGCCAGUACGCGCCCACGGACCGGCCGCUCGUCUAACGCUCGCCCGGCGUCUGACGACUGACGACUGACGAGCGGCGGGCUGGUGGGGUCGCUGACUGCCGGUCCGCCUCCCGCGGGCGGUCGUCGGUCGUCUGUCGGCUGGCGGUCCGGUGCCACCGGGCUGGGGUGUGCCGAUCGAGGCUCUCACGCGCUUGGGCCGCCGCGCCGGUCUGACGGCCCCUGGCUGGGGUCUACGGCCCCCGACCAGGGAUCUAACAGCCCCUGACCGGGGUAUAACGGCCCCUGACUGAGAGCCUAACGGGCCCCGCCCGAAGGUCUAACGCGCACUGAACGCGGGUGUAACGGCCCCUGAUUGAGGAUCUAGGGGCCCCAGACCGGGGGUCUAGGAGCUCCUGACCGAGGUCUAACGACCGCCGGUCUGAGGACUGCCGGCCGCUGAUCUGACGUCUACAGACGAGGGUCUAGCGGCUGAGGACGAGGAUGAGUCGCUGGUUGAACGAUCGCCGAUGGACGCUGUAACUUAUGCAGACAAACUGAUUGGGGAUGAGACGUGGCGACCCGACUGAGCACUGAACGCACGCGGACCCGCUGAGUGGGGAUCUGCCGCUCUACCGCUGACCGGCCGGGCACGGCUGCCAGGGGACGGACUCGGCGAGGCUCCGGAGGUCCACCGCCUCUUGCACGGCACUGGCGCUCGUCCCUCGCUCGCCCAGUCUGGGCGGGAGCGGUGCGGUGCUGACCGGGCACUGCGCUGGGAACGGACGCUGCAAACUGGACACUGGGCGAGGACUGGACACAGCAGACUCGGCGGUUCUCAGACUCCCGGCGGCCAGACGACGGGCGAGGGUCCGAGAUCCUCGUCAGACCCACGCGUGGGUCUGGGGUCGCGCCUGUGACGUCACGGUGCCUGACGUCACCGGCGGCUCGGCCGACCGAACGGAGACAAUCAAAGGCGAACCGCGGCGGCUGUCAGCUGCCGAGGCGCUCAACCGCGGUCAGCUGACUGGAGUGAGAGGCCGACGGUGGCGAACCUGGCGGACGGUGCUGGCAACUGGCGGCCGACGGCUGGUCCAAGGCGACCGGAUUCGCGUCUACCAAAGACACGCAGCGCCAUCUGUGGGCGGGAGAUGGCCGUGUCAGGCUGUCGCUUGUAUGAUAUUAGCUUAUUAUCGAUCUAUGUCUGUGUGAGUGUGAGUGUUUCCGUGUAUAUAUUCGUCGACCGGCGCCAACAGGGUCCAGUCUCUGACACGAGCUGGGAGACGGCGUACAGCCUCCGGCAUAAUUGUGUAGGUGUUGCGUGUUAUUUAUAUGCCCUUCGGUCGCUGACAUUGUCAUGUUGUGGCUGCGACUGCUGCCGAAAGGCUUUCGAUCUUCUUUGCCGGCGGCGAUGUAUGAUGUCGAUGGUGCAGAUUUGUGACGCCGAAGUCGUUGCGGCACACACCGAACCCGAAGCUGUUCCGAAACACUCAUCUUCCGCAAAUGGCCAACGAAGCUUGUUAAAAACCCAACCAUAUUUAUUGCCAUAUUUAAAAUGUUCUUAUUUAUCUGAAUUAAAUUAUCGCUUUCUAGUUCCCGCACACUCGAGCGGCCCUAUUGAUCUGCAUGUUCUUUGAGUCGUGUGCAGAAAUGUUUUACGCACCCACAACAGGAAUGUUUUACGCACACCAUCGCAUGCCAGCGCACCUAACGUGAUUCUGAUGUAAUUGUGACACGCUUCCGUAAUUGUCGUUUUCAUAACCACAAGCUCGCUAACGCAUCUCGUGCACGUUUGCCCGCACAUGGGGCUGUUUUCAGCUGUAGCAGCCGCGUUGGUUACUCCCUCAUUUGCUCUAUACCUCCCCGAACGAUGUUGCGUUUCUGGCUCCGGUGAACCGGGCCGCGCCCGUCUUGACCCCCGCGCUGUUGCCCCGCCUCCAUCCUGGCGCGAUUCACUGGCGCGCCGCCCAGCGCCUGCUUCUCUCCAGCACGUGCUGGCUCGAUUCGUACCGGCGCUGGGGCCUCGGAGGUUCUUCACACCACCCCUGCGGCGGUCCCAGACGUGGAGGCGAGGAUGGUGACCUGACCCCUGUGACCUAGGGUGGUGCUGCUGCAAUACACGGACGGAGCUCGUG